GCAACCAGCUAAUUGUUCUGAAUGUGGGAAAAGAUGAUGAACAAAGUCAGUGUUCCAAAACAAAACCUGAUAACAUCAAGGAAGUUAUUUCAGGUGAUACAGCUGAAGUGUCCAAAGAAAUUGAUGUAAAGCAUACACCUCCUAAAAGUGUUAUGGACGAAAAAGAUGAAUUUGCCAUCGAGCAGGAAAUGUCUGAAACAGAAAAGCAUGGUCUAGAAUCAAAUGAAAAUUCUCCAGAGGAAAAUCAGCCUGUAGUAGUGAAACGGAAAAGGGGAAGGCCUCGUAAAUACCCUCUUGAAGCUGUACUACCUGGUGGUGGGGAGUCAAAAGCUGAUAUGAGCACUGGGAAUCUGCAGUUUCCUGUCUUUGCAAGUAGAGGAAAAACACCUCAAACAGGUACAGACAUAUCUAAUAAGAAAGAAACAACAAAUGAGGAUGAAGCUGAGAAAGCAGAAAUGAUUGUGCGUAAAAGGGGAAGAAAGCCCAGGCGUUCUCUGGGUCAGUCAGAGGAAACUGAAACACUGGACCCAGAAAGAAAACGUCGGAAAUUAACGUCUUCUGAAGAUGAACUAAAAGAGCAGGAAGAAGGUGAGGAAGAAGAUGGUGAGGAAGAUGAUGAAGCACAUUCCGGGGCCACAACUAGAUCAGCCACAAGAUUAGAGGCUCAAAGAAAGCAGCCCAGCAAGCCAACCACACGUGCAACUUCUAAAAGCAGCAGCCCAAGUUCAGUUUCUCCUAGAAAACGACAGAACCUAGCAGCAAAAAAAAGAUCUCCAAGUGAUACAAAAAUUAAUAAAUCUCCUCCAUUGACACAGUUAAAGGCGCAGUCUACCAAGCGUAAAAGAGAAGACAGCCCAACAGUGGUACGCAGAAAAGGCCAGCAGAAAACAGAGGAGACACCAGUAAAGAAAGCAAAACGAUAAUCUUUACCAGCUAGUACUGUUCAUGGAAGAGUCAAAAGAAAAAAAAAAACAUCUGUGCUUCUAUUUUUUUUAAAGCAAAGGGAUUUGCACGUGCUUGUUUCAGAGCUCUAAGUUAAUCAAUGCAGUACUUUUAAGUUACAUUUUAAACAGCUUUAUAAACUAUUGUUUAUACAGAAUAUUAUGUACAUUUAUUUCAGAUGAAAAAUAAGUUUACUUUGUACCUGAAUGAAAAACAAAGUAGUUAUAUAUUUUAUCACUGACUUGGAAAGUUGGGAUUUCCCAAUAUGACAUGCUAAUGCAGAUGCUUCCAACCCAUGAGGCACCCCUGGGCCUACUAAUACACUUUGUAUAUAAACUUGUAAAAAUAGGUUGUAUUUUACUCUGUGUAUGAAUCUAAUCAAUGAUGGACAUUUUAUUUAUUAUAUGGAAAGCAUUGGUCUGUAAACUUUAGUAUAUACCUUAGGUUUUUUUAAUUAUAUAUUUUACAUUCUAUGCAGAUGUCAGUAGGAAACUUCCCCUCUGCUCCCCAGGGCUGUUUAAAACCUGAAGUUCUCUAAAAUAUGCGCAGACAGUUGGUAAAGUAUUUUUCUCGCAUGCAUUAAAGUAGUUUAGCAUAGUGAAGGGGACUUGGCUCCUUUCUGUUCACAUUUGUGACAAAGUAUAAAAUUUAAAAUGUAAUCUUACUAGAUUAUAUUUUCACUUGUGAAUUUACUACCAACCUCAAGAAACAAAUAGUAUUAGGUUAGAUUUACUCAGUCAGCCAACACUACCCUGAAAUGAAACAGUUUUAUUUUGCAACUAAACACCUGAUCUUUCAGUAUUUGUCUUUUUCAACAGAGGGACCCAUUGAAAUCAAAUGUCACUUGUAACUAUAGAGCUUCAGCAUUUUAUGUUACAUUUUAUACACAGGUAUUAAAAUAGAACCUGGUAUUAUUGCCAGAAUCUUUUUUUAAUGUAUAUUAACUCUGGUAAGAGCAAAUGUUCAAGUGAAGUUGUAUAUAAAGUUAAACUUUUCUUAUGAUCAAAUGUGUCUCUUGUUAUGAU